AUGCACGUUGAAAAGUUCCCGCUGUCGCCGCCUAGUCUCGAGGAGUUGGCUGAAGCUCUGGCAGGACCUCUUACUGAGAAUUACGAGUGUGCCACUGUUGAGGUUGUCCAGUGCCCUGAUCUCCGAAGAGCGCCGUUUCAUCUAGCAACCGAAGGCCUUUCGGGCAUGGAAAGAGUUGCAGACGUCGGGGGCCAACCAAAUCUUUUUCCAAGCCCUCAGCUCGACAAAAUUUGGUCCAUCCCCAGAAUUGCUGAAGCCAUGGAAAUGGGACCUGAAAGGGGGAGUUUGAUUGGCGCUGGGGCCAGUCCAUUCCACGUCAUUGGCCAAAAUUGCGAGCUGGCCCCAAAUUUGAGCUGGGCAGGAGGCUUUGAUCAUGUCGACAAUCAGACACGCGUCGCCAAAAUCGACUUAGAUGACGGAGCUGUCCAUGUCGAUAUGAGUCCUUCUACAGAGUGUGCGCUAAUGAUCAACCUAUAUGGUUCAUUGGGCAUCCCUGGUCCAGUACUCAAAAUUACGGCAAGGAAGAGAACAGGUAGUGAGAAAAGCUUCACUGAAUGUAUCCAGAAAGGGCUUUGUGCUUCUUAUGGCACUUCUCGAACAGUCAGCCUUGGUGGCGCGUUCGUGGUCAAGUCAGGCUAG